AUGGGUACAGCUGGUUGGGGGGGGGGAGGUGCCUGCGCUGGGAGGGUGGAGGUUUAUCACAACGGCUCCUGGGGGACGGUCUGCGAUGACUCCUGGGACCUGGCAGAUGCUGAGGUGGUGUGUAAGCAGCUCCAGUGUGGGACGGCACUCAACGCCUCAGUGUCAGCCUCCUUCGGCCAGGGGACCGGACCCAUCUGGCUGGACGAGCUGCGCUGUCAGGGGAACGAAUCGACUCUGUGGGAGUGUGCCUCAGGAGGGUGGGGGCAACACAACUGCAGACACAAGGAGGAUGCGGGAGUCGUGUGUUCAGAGUUCAAGAAGCUGAGACUGUCUCGGGGCUGUUCUGGACUGGCAGAGGUUUUCUACAAUGGCACCUGGGGCAGCGUCUGCUAUAACGGCAUGAGUGAAAACACAGUUAAGAUGAUAUGCCGUGAGGUCAACUGUGGAGAGAGUUCUGAAAUAUCAAUGCCACUUCCAGCAUCCAGCACUGCGCGCAAGUGGCUUGAUAAUGUUGAAUGCAGAAGGCAUGACUCUACACUGUGGCAGUGUCUACCUUCACCCUGGGGUCAAAACAACUGCCUGAAUGAUGAGGUGGCUGAGAUUGACUGCAAAGCAGUGGAAAAGAAGCCAACUGUCUCCAGCAUACCAGAGACCUGCUCUGAAGACCUCACUCAGGAGCACUGCUCAGAGCCAGCAGAGCUGAGGCUAGCUGGAAGCUCAAGUCCCUGCUCCGGACGGGUGGAGGUGCAGUUCGAGGGGUCCUGGGGGACAGUCUGCGGUGACUCCUGGGACCUGAAGGACGCCCAGGUGGUCUGCAGACAACUAGGCUGUGGGGCAGCAGAGAGCACAGGGGGUGGUAAGGCUACGUUUGGAGAAGGGAACGACACCAUCUGGCUGGACGAGGUGAACUGCAGGGGCAGCGAGAUGCACCUGUGGGACUGCCGGCACUCUCCACUGGGACACAAUUACUGCGACCACAAAGAGGACCAAUGGGUUACCUGUGCAGAAGCCUCUCCACCCAGGCUGCAGCCACAGAGAGACAUGACCAUCCCAUUGAUAGCCUGCAUCGUGCUGGGAGCUCUGCUCAUUAUGGUGUUGGUCCUGUUAGCCGGGCAGCUGCAGCGCAACAGGAUGCUGAGGAGAGGGAUUGCUAAGGAGGAGCUUGACCCCUUCCAUGAAGCCGUUUACGAGGAGAUUGAGUACAAACUGGCCAGACAGGGAACCUAUGAUGCACCCAGGAGAGGGAGUUUCCUUUCUGAUGAGCUGCCCUCUGAUUACGAUGAUGUGGAGGAAAGUGAGGGGAACCCCAUCCCAGGUGAAUCGAUGCCCUCUCUGGAAGGAGAGACCCCAGGGUACUAUGACGAUGCCGUCCCUAUGAACAGCAACCCAGAUGAUUUAUCAGGGAGUUUCCAUUCUGAUGAACUUCCCUCUGGCUACUGUGAUGUGGAGGACAGUGAAGGGAACCCCAUCCAAGGUUUUCCCCUCACUCCCCCUGGAGAGGAGAGUGCCCAGGCCGCACUGCCCCCUGAAGAAGGACCAGCUGCACCUGACAGGACUGACUACGAUGAUGUUGGGGAGGAGUCUCCAGGAGAGGGUGGGGCGCUGUGAGGCUGGCAGUGUGUCUGGAGGAGAAUAGAGGGGCAGCUGGAGCCCCCUAGAGUUCUAGAGCUGUAAAAGCGCCAUUAACUGUAAACCUGCCAGACAGUUUCACUGCAGUUCCAGCCUUCCUCUGGGAUUUCACUGUGAAACUCCAUUGGUUGAAUAUUUAGCAGGCUUCCCAUAAAAGUGCUUCAUGUCAAAUAUGAAUGCUUCCCUUUAUGCUGCAAAAUUGCAUCUUGUUACAAACAAGCUGUUUACAUCAAAUUAGCAAACAUGUCUCAAAUGCUAAUAGAACUUUGAAAGAAACUAAGAAAUUAUAUUUUCCCAAGAAAAAUAAAUCAUCAAAUUAUGAGUGUUGCAAAGCAACCUCAAAGAUCAGGAUUAUAUAUAUAUUUUUUAAAAAGAUUCACUGUUUCUGGCUACCAAAGUAACUGAAACAGUUCAAAAUGUAACCAAUAGUCAUUGGGUGGGUUUUGGGGAAACACAUUGUUAUAACAAUGGUUUUUGUGUGCACCCCCAUCACAAUUAUGAAGGUAUAUACAGAUUUCCAAAUGUAAAGGAAAUUCGCUUGGCAGUCUGCUGUCUGUGUAUUUUGUAUCCGUUUUUUCUAGCAAUGUCUCUUCUGGUCAGAUUUUCUUUUAAAACCAGUCCAUAGUCUUUAAAUACAGAUUGUGUUUUAAUAGGGGUCUGUGUUCCCUCUUUCAGCCUGUAAUUGUGGUGGUGUGCAGUUUCAAAGGGAUCUGGUUUGAAAAUGAAUUGUUUUGAAAUUCCAUUGUAAAGUUUGGUUUUACAGAAUUCCUGUAGCCCAACUCUUGACAGUUACCCCGUUUGUAAUUCAUUUGGAGCUCGGUGUGCAGAUAAAAAAUGAUUUCUACAUUAAAAUGUUAGUUUGUUUUUUAUUAUUUGAAUAUAUCUAUUCUGUUUUAAUGUACCAUUUCUAAACGUAUAGCAUUUCUUGCAGAGUGUGCAAUGGCUUGAAGGCUGUAUUCUAUUUUUAAACAAUAAAGUCUAAUUUAACA